GGUCGAAAGGGCAGGAAGGAAAAUCGACCUGAUCAUGCGUUUUUAGAAAGAUCAGCUCGUUUCGGCUGACGAAGAAAAGAUGAAAACAGUAGGAAGGAUGACCAAUGUCGCUUUUCGAUUAGGAAAGGUGCAUGCACUGGAAGAUGUUGUCGUAUUAGAUGUGAAUACCUACGACGUUCUUUUCGGACUUCCUGCUCUUGUAGCGUUACGAGCAAACCUAGAUUUCGAACGACGAUCGAUCGUCCUCCGAAAUACAGGAGGAAAGCCCUAUGCUGUACCUAUGAGGCUAACUCUUCGUGCCACCAUCAACGCAGUCCCACGGGUUUCGCCAAUGAUGGCAGGGACUCUUCGCAUGAUCUCCUGGGAUGAAUCCGCGGAUGGAAAGUCAUCGACGAAUGAUGCGGACAGCAGUGAUGAGGACGAUCUGGAAAUCUUGAAGCUAGCACGACAGCGUGUUUACUACCCGCCACCCAGAGCGAUAGCAAGAACGAUGCAUCUGACCAGUCGGAACAUUCAAAGGACCAAGGCGAUGAUCUUGGGUGAGCCCCUCGUACAGAUAUCAAGGAUGGUCGAUUCCUUGGAACCCCCUCAAACCUUGUACGAAGGAGUCACCCCUCUCCUCGCUCGGUACAGUGACAAAAAGCAUUGUUGCGACAUUACGGAUCUACCAAGGUCCCUCUUGACACCCGCAAAAGAAGUGCGACUGUUGCGCUUGGGGGCAGAAGCAAGUUCCUUGGAACCCCCUGGGCGCCUUGAAGUUGACUCGGACGAACUCGGAGUAAAGAUCGCGACUAGGACUAUACCAUGGCAGGAUGUUUGUGACGGAAUUACCCCAGAAGGACACAUGGCUAUUCGGGAAGAAGACGCCCAGAUGAUGGCCACGAUGUUCUCCUGGCGAUCGGAUCACUCCUUCAUUUCUGCACCCUCGCCCGAUGUGGCGAAACCUGCACGCACAAAACAGAUAGAUGUACGGAUCUGGGACCAGCAUUUCGAGUUACACGUGCCACCGUACGUACCCGAUGAGAUUCAUCGAUUGAUUGUGGACAUUUUGACAGAAUAUCGGGGAGCGAUUAGCGUGACAGACACUGACAUUGGCCUGUCGUUAGUUAUUCAACACGAAAUACAGACGGGGAAUCAUUCCCCGAUCCAUUGUAAGUCGUACCGAUACUCCUUGAUAGAGCGCAAAAAGGCUCUCGAACGAAUUCGAGAAUUCGAAGCCAGCGGGUGGAUUGAACCCGCCACCGGACCAUGGUCAUUUCCCGUCGUACUAGUGCCGAAGAAAAACGGAUCAAUUCGCAUAUGCAUCGAUUAUCGCAAGUUGAAUGAAAUCACGAUUAAAGAUGUGUAUCCCCUCCCCCGAAUUGAUGAUUUGUUGGAUGCGAUUGGAUGCGCUAAUUAUUUCAGCAAGAUUGAUAUUUGGCAUGACUUCCAUCACAUUCUGGUGAAGGAGGAAGAUCGGCCAAAGACGGCCUUCGUGUUGUUUGAAGGUACGUGGCAGUGGGUUCGGUGUCCGAUGGGGACUUGCAACGCGCCUGCCACGUUUCAGCGAGCGAUGAACAUGACAUUCCAGAACUUCGUCAACAAGACGCGGCUAACACAGGGGAUGAUCAACUUUUGCGUGAUCGUGUACAUGGAUGAUAUCCUUGUCUACUCACAGACCUAUCACGGGCAUGCGCAACACAUCGAGUGGACAUUGGGAGCGCUGAGAGACGCUGGGUUCAAGAUCGCGCUCGAGAAGAGCGAGUUUUUCCUCUCGGAAAUCUCAUUUUUGGGCUACGUCAUGACUCGUGGAGGAUUGCGGCCGAACUCAAGAAAGGUUGUGGCGGUGCAGCGGCCCCAUCUCUGCUCUGACCUCCUCCGAUUUGCAGCUUUCUUCAGCACGGCGGCGAUCUACGUGGCGGCAGAGUUCCGAUUCACGGAAGAGGCAACUACGCGCGUUCUAGCCGAGAUCUCGGCCUUCCGACGGUUAUCCCCUCCUGGGAUUAGCCAUAUCGCCAUCGUCGUCUUUACAGGAGAUAUCAAAGCGAUUCCGCCGGCGAUUCACUCCGACAUCUAUCGGACGUUGCGCGCCUGGGCUGGGGAAGUGCGGACGGCGUGGACAGAUCUCCUGGCUCGACGAGGGGAUACCAUCGUGCCGGCGCAUGACACGGACCUCCAGCUCCGCUCCUCUCGAAGCUCGCCAGCGAUCGUCCUUCCGGAGCUUCAGCAGGGCGACCUGCUAGGAAUCGUAUUCGGGAAGGUAGAGGACGGCAACCUCACCUUGAUCACGGACGAGCUGCUGGUGUUUCUGACUCAGCUGGUGGACGAUCUGCCCCUGGACAUCUUGUCGCGCAGUGACAAGCAGCCUGGCACCCACGUGCUGCCUCGAACGCUCGAGCCGCACCUUGUGUGGUCCACGUGUACAGAGAUUGACGAGGACAACUGUCUUUAUCCCUCCCAGGCACUUUACUUGGAAAUCGACGUUACCGAUCUCACAUUUUGGGACCCGAUCGCAAGGAGAAACGCGGCGCAGGACGAGGAGAUAGGGGAAGCGGAGGAAGAGGAGGAAGAAGAGGAGCCAUCAGGCGAAGAACGAGACUAUCCAGACUACAUACCGGAAAGAGAAGCAGGGAUCGCCGACGGAUCGAGCCAGCCGUGGGAAAAGAACGAAGAGGAGGAAGAAAGAGAACCAAACGACGAAGAAGAAGACGAAAACGAGCAAUCGGAGUCGGAGUACGAAGGAUUCGAGGCCGAGGUGCGCGACGCAGCUCGAGAACGAGCGCAAGAGCAGAGGAAACGGAAGCGCUAGGAGACCGCAGAGGGAAAGCGACCCACGACAAACGUUUCUCCUGUCGAUCCAUCGAUCGGGGCCCCGUGGCACGAUCCGGAGCCACCAGAAGAG